AUGAUGCUGAAGCGAUCGGAAGGGGUGGUAGUCGCUCGGGGCUCGGGCUGUACGGUGGGUGCUGUAGAACUUCCCAUCCGGGCUCUUCUAAAGAAUUUUCUGGGAAGUCUUCUUCGCGACCUGAGGGCGCGCGUUAUCCUGCAGCAGGCGAAAGUUGUCGAGCUUCGGGUGCUCCUUGCGGAUCUUGUCGGCCCGUCUUUACGAUUGAGCGCAGUAGACUUCGGCAGUAACUGUCGUGUUGCCCAGCAGCAGUUCGAAACGGUAGAUCCCAUUCUCCACCAGACGCACGCCCAGCAUGACCUUCUUCUCAUGAAUUUCACCUUUCACGAAAGGAUCCGGCAUUUCAUGGCCAGCGCAACAGGCACGUUUGGGGGUGUGGUUGACGUAGAGGACCCAUUUUUCAUCUCCAGUGACAGUGGUGUCCAGCCAGUCAAAUCUGCGGCUUCUGGAGAGCAACUGAGUGCAGAUGUCCAGGCGUCUUUGGCGGUUGCCGUCGCUCAAUGCAUGUGGGAGCCAUUGACCGAGCCUUUUCAACAUUCCGAGAGAUAG